AUGUCUACGAUACUUAAUUCAUCAGAAGAUAAUAAUAAUAAUAAUAAUUUAAAUCAAAAUCAAAAUGCAUUUGCAACUAUAAAAUCAAAUAAUGAACAUCAGCAACAGACUGAUUCAAAUUUAACUAAAAAAUUAUUAACAGAACAUCGAGACUUGUCAUCUUCAUCCGGAACAUCUUCACUUAGUCAAGCUGUUCAUGCUGCUUUAGCUAAUGUUAUUCAAGAUCCAUUAAUAACAGCUACAGGUGAUUCAUGUGUUACUAAUCAUCAAUCUUAUGGAGGCGGUGAUUCAACAAUAAAUAAUACAAAUCAAUGUGAAAACUGUUCCAAACUUAGACAACAAUUAACUCUUCUUAUAUAUGAAGUACUUAAUCUAGAAAAUACAAUGGAAUCAAAAAUUUGUGAAUAUGUUCAACGACGAUUAAGUGAAAUAGCUAUAUCAGAACAAUUAACAUCAUCAAAAAUUAAUUCAUUAAUUACAAAUGAUAAUAUUAAAUCAACAACACAAAUAGAUUUAACAACAACAAAUAAUGAGAAUAUUGAUUUAUCAUCAAAUAGUUCAACAUGUAAUUAUACAAUGGCUCAAAAUAAUAAUCAUAUUAUACUCGAUAGUAAUAAUUUAAAUGGACGAACAAUUAAAAAUCUUGAUAAUAAUCAACAAUCAAUGAAUAAUGCAUUAAAAUAUCGUGCAGAACGAACAUUAACAUUUGAAAAUGUUCUCAUUGGUGAUUCAACAUUAAAAUAUCUUGAUCCAGCUCGAUUUGAUAUCGAAAGAAAAACAUAUAUUAAAACAAUGCGUGGUAAACGAGUAGCACAAGCUCUUGAAUUUAUUCAAACAACCCGUUUUAUUGGUACGAAAAAAAUAAUGUUUCAUAUUGGUGCAAAUGAUCUUAAUCGUGAUAAAUUAAGUGAACAAGAAGUUAGUGAACAAAUCAAAGAAUUAAUUGUAACAACAAAAACUUUUAGUCCACAAUCAGAAGUUUAUAUUUCACUUAUUUUUCCUCGACAAUCAAAUGAUGAAAGUCGAAUAAAAACUGAAAAAUUAAAUUAUUUAUUACAAGCUAUGGCAUCACCUGAAUUAAAAGUAUUUAUUAUUUCUCAUCCAAAUAUUUCACAUGAUAUACGUGGUUGUUUUGAAGAUUCGACACAUUUAUCAAAAGCAAAAGGUACAAUUUUAUUCGAAGAAAAUAUAAAAAAAGCUAUGGGUUUAAAAAUUUCAACCAUAUCAUCAAAUAAUAAUCAACGAAUAUCAUCAAUGUGUCUUAAUACAAAUAAAUUUCCAACAACCACAACAACACGUCUUCCACUUGGAUUAAAACUUUCGAAUACAAAUACAAAUUCUAAUCUUUAUAAUGUCAAUAAUAAUGCUUUAAUAAAUCCAAAUAAUAUAGUUAAUAUGAAUAUGCUUAAUGCAAAUGCAUUAUCAGCUUAUUUAUCAUUUUUGGUCGGUGGAUUCCGAUCUUAA